AGGAGGGGGCCCAGAGCCAGAGGACGGCCCGGCAUCCCUAGAUGCAUGCAGCCAGGAGCUGUUUUCAAGUCAGGAGGAAGGUAGCCAGUCGCAGUGGGUGGUGCUUGGGGAAGAACAAACAGCAGAGGAGGUGCCUGAUGCAACCUUGAGAUCCCAGCCGUCCUUAUUAUCAACGGCCGAAAGGCUGCAAAGAAUCAGGAAGUGGCCGCGAAGACGCAAGGAGGACCUUCUGCAUGAAGUCAUGCAGCAGUCCCUUCCUGAAAAUCAAAAAGUACAGGAGUGGCGAGAGACCGAAAGGAGGCUCUGCCAGCAGAAUGUAGAUUGCUGGCACCAAAGCACGGAGCAACUCCUAAGCAUUAUGGAGUGCCAAGCGGACUCGAUGCAGGUGCUCACAGCACUGCAGAUGGAGCAGAUCCCCCCACAACCCUUGUACCAAAACUCUUUCCCUUGUUCCCUCAUGUCACCGCCAACCCACUUCCCCCAACAUCCGGUUUCUUAUCGCCACCAGCUGCCUCCAACACCUGUAGCUUCACCACCCAGCCCUGCAAACUACGACCCUUACCUACUGCACUCAACCCCUAUCACCAUGCAUUUUAGCCAGUCUGAAGUGCAGCACUCAUUGCACGGCACUCCAGACAGGAAGGCUGAAUAUGAUACCAGGACAUACGCAAAUCUGGGAUUGUCCCGUUCCCCACCCCGCCCCCUUCCCUCGUCCCACACAGCACAGAUGUGUCAUGCCAUGUGUGUUUCUCCAGCAGUUGUGUUUCUUUUCAAUAAAUGAAUUUUUUGGCUUGGCAAACAUUCUUUAUUGCAUUAAGUAAAAGAUAGUGUAGCUCAGGAAAGCAAUAGGCACUGCAAGUCAGUGCAUCAUACGUCUUAAAAACAGAUGCCUACUAGCACUGGAACCGCUGCACUUCACUCCUGUGCAGGGCACCAGACAUUACUGGUGGCUUUCAGCAUCAGAUUGCUCCCUCAAGGCAUCCCUAAUCUUUACAGCCCCAGGCUGGGCCCCUCUAAUAGCCCUGAUCUCUGGCUGUUCAAAUUCAGCCUCCAGGUGUUGAACCUCUGUGGUUCAUGCCUGAGUGAAGCUUUCAUCCUUCCCUUCACAAAUGUUAUGGAGGGUACAGCACGCAGCUAUAACCGUGUGGAUGUUGUCAUCGGCCAGGUCCAGCUUCCCAUACAGACAGUGCCAGCGGCCCUUUAAAUGGCCAAAAGCACACUCCACAGUCAUUCUGCACCGACUCAGCCUGUUGUUGAACCUCUCCUUGCUGCUGUCAAGGCUCCCUGUGUAUGGUUUCAUGAGCCACGGCAUCAAAGGGUAAGUGGGGUCUCCAAGGAUAACAAUGGGCA